CACCAAAGCGCCAGGGUUGUUGUUCGAAAAACGCCGAACCGAGUGGACGUGAACUGCGGCGAAGUGUGCGUGCCUGCCACAUAAGAGCCUUUCUGUGUGUUUCUUUUUUAAUUUUCUUUGCCGUCUCAACUGGUGCCGUCGUUCUCGCGCUUGCUGUAACACGCACGCAACAACAAAGGCCCGCACAAGGGAGGGCGUACACAGUGAGGGGGUGAAGAAAUUAGUGUGCUGUGCCCUGGGUGUGUGUGUGUGUGUGUGUGCGCGCCUGCCUAAAACAAACAUAUGCAUGGUUUGUGUAACGAAAGCGUCCUGUGAAUCGCCGCUGCACGGCCUGUGCGGUGUAGAGUCUAGUGUGUAUCACCUGCGUAUGGGUGGGUGUGUGUGUGUGUAUGUAUAGUGUGUGACUACUGUUUUGUGUGCCGUGCCACUGCCUUACGCGCGGUUUCUAACCCGCUGGAUAGCCCCUAGAGUGCUGCGAAACCCAAUAUCCGAACGAGUCAACAAACAAAAAAAAAAAAAACAAAAAAGAAUCUCAACCAAACGCAACACUCAGCCCAACACUCGCCCCAAGCCGGAGGGACGCACGCACGGUCGCUCCUUUCACCAGCGCACCCCGAUCGCCCGAUCUUCCCGUUUUCGUUCGUGGUGCAGGCGCUGCAGGUGGGAGAGGAGGUGGCGCGGUGUUGCAUUCGAGAGGUGACCCGGUGUUCGCUGCUGGUGUGUGCAUCCCUCGAAUGCCACCGUAACGUCGGGUCGGACAAUGGACUACUGUCUCCGAGCAGCAGCAGCAACAGUAGCCGCCGGGCCUGAACGGCGCCAUUUUGAGCCGGUCACGUCGUCGUCGUCGUCGUCAACGUCGCCACCGGUAGCGAUCGCGGCCAUCCGAGCGGGGCACGCUCGUGUUAGUGUUUAAGGUGCUCCCCUACCCCUAACGGGCGGGCUGUACUCCCCGGGGAUGCGGCCGGGGCACCACCGAACGGCCCCGAAAGUGGUUGUGCUGCGCGCACGAAAGCUCUGAAAAUUUGUGCCCGAUUCAGCGAAAAAAAAAAAACGGCCCAACGCCCAACCCUAUAAGUCACGCUAUACGCGCGUACCGCGCGGCCUUAAGGCGGCAGGGAAAGUGCUGUAAGCAAACGGUGCAGAGGAAAGUUUGGUGCGUGCGUGCGGAGUUUGGUUGUUGUUGUCAUUGCUGUUAAUGUAUUUGUGUGUGAAUGUGUUUUUCGUGCCGAAUAACUCAGCAGUUUGGUGAAGUAGAGCGAAUAAAAGAGAGAAGAAAAGGAAGGGGGUGGAAAAAACGAUGAAGACAAUCAACAAACUGCUACCGGCACACCAAGGAAAAAUGGUCAAAUAAGACGACCAACGAGCCUCUGUCAAAACAAAACCAGCGAAUAUCCGGGCGGCGUGCGUGCGCAGUGCAAUCGAUCUCAACUAAAGGACUAAGCAAAAGGAAAAGCAGCAAGAAAAGAAAAUUCGUAAUAAGAGCCUUACCGAUCCUAACCCCCGCCAAGCCAUUAUGAGUGUGUUCGGUGACUUCCAGCGGAUGUGGGUGCAGCGGUUUCCGCAGAGCUCGCUGUCGGACGCCUGGGAGCAGGAUGUGCGGGCGAGCCUCGAGCGGCACAAGCAGAAGAUCGCGGUCCUGUCGAAGGAGCUCGAGCAGGAAACGCUGUACGUCGAGUACCUGGAGCGGCUGCUCGGCGACGUAGAGAAGUACCGGGAGGCGGGCGGCGACCCGUCCACCCUGUUCGAGGCGAACUCGCCCGCGUCGGCGGCAAAUCUGCUGGCGGGAGGCGGUCAGCUGCGCGACUCGCUGCCCGGCCACGGCGACGGGGCGCACGAGCCGGACGAGGAAGAAGUGAAUCAAAUUAUCAAGGCGGCGGCCAGUAAUCAAUCAGCUGCCGGUGCUGCCCCGCCAACCACCGACGAUGCGGACGUCGCGGCCGGCGAGCAGCCGUCCGACCCGAGCGUCCAGCUUCGGUCGCGCGAGCUGCCACCGAAUCGCAACAACAACAGCCCACUGAAUCAGUGCAUCAACGAGCUGACGACCAACCUGCACAGCCGCCGGUGCGUGAGCGAGCUGGUGGCGGCCAGCAACAGCACAGCCACCUCCGCCACGACCAACCCAAUCAACGCCGGCGAACCGGCCCAUCAGUCAACAGCAGCCGGCGGUCCGGCCCAGCAAUCAACCAGCAACGGUCCGCAACCAACCGCCAACGGAGGCACCCCGGGGCACGAUGUGGCCGGGAAGGAAGCGGCCGGCCGGGUGCGCAGCGCCAGCCAAAGUGAGGCGCAGCAGCCCCUGCUCGCCUCGCCGAGCCAUUUCGUGACCGUGAUCGAGGUGAAAGAGUCAAAGGGCAACGGUGGCAGUGGUGGCAGUGUUGGUGGUGCUAGUGACAAAUCGCCACAGGACAGUGAGAUGCCGCCGGCGCCCAAGACGGCCAACUACGAGAACGUGCUGAUCAAUACCGGUGCCCGGUUCGGCGGCAGCGUGGAGAAUCUGGCCGAUCUGCCCUACCAGCAGCAGCAGCAGCAGCCGCACACGGGCGGCGUGAACGCCAGUACGUUCCUCGAUUCGAAGCAUCCGAAACCGCCGGACCGAAGCAGUGACGGUGGUGGUGGUGGUGGUGGUGUUGGUGUUGGUGGCAGCUUUACCGGAGGUGGCAGUUCCAUCUCCGAACGUACCUCGCAGCUGCUGGGAGCAUCGGCGGCCGCCGACCACAAGAAGAAAGUUCCACCGCGCCCACCGCCAAAGUAUGUGCGCCGUGCUGCGCCCGUUGAGCCACCGACCGUUCCGUCGCUGGCAAUGCAAAACCUCCGGAACAAAGAUGCUGGACCGGCCCAUUCCACGUCCGAGCCGGCCACUGGCACGACACCGGACAGCCCGAAUGUGACCAGCUCCUCGCUGGAGCGGAACAUCAAACCGUCGGAAAUGUAUCGCCAAAAGUCGUCCGACUCGCUCGACGUGAAGCUGUCGUCGGUCGGGUACGGUCCCGACCAGCCCGGCAAAGCCCGGCUGCCCAAGUCGGACAGCCUUAAGUCGAAGUCGUCGAGCACGGACAGUCCGACCGGGUCGCUAGGCAAGGUGGCGAGCGGUACGCCCGGCAUCGGUGCCUCCCCGACCGGUAGCCUGGGCAAGCUGCCGACCAGCAUGACCGGAAGCAGCAGCGACAGUCCUACCGGCAGCCUCGGCAAGAUGAACCAGCAGCAGCACCACCACCACCAAACGCCUCCUUACACCAGCCAGCACUCGUACCAGCAGCGGCACGGUACGGAUGGUGGUUUGCCGCACGUCGAUUCGAAGGAGUCGCUUGCGUCGGGCGGUGGUGGCACGGGCACGAUCGGCAGUACCGGCGCGAUCGGUCCCAUAUCGGAGCGGAUUAAGAGCUACGAAUCCAUCUCAUCGCUCAGCUCGGACAGUAUGCGCCAGCAGAACCCGAAGGACCAGGAGCACUACUACGAUACGGUGCCGCUCGACAACAGCGAUGGGGACUACGUGUACAUUCAGCCGGGCGGCGUUGGCACCGGCUCGACCUCGAGCCGGGACGACAUCUCGACGGUGGAGAAUGCCAGCACGCUGCUGAUGCCGUCCCAUCCGCGCAGCCACAACAGUAGCCAAACCAGCGUCCAGCUGGAACCAGAAUCUCCCGGGCGUAGCAGCAAUUACGUCAAUAUAGAGUACUUCAUUCACGCCAGUCAAAACAAUGAAAAUCGCAGCAGUUCCAUCGAUAGCGACGGUGAGGGCGACGGUGGCGCACCGGUACUGAUGCGUGCGAUCUCGACCGACACGGACGCCGGCAGUGGUGUGGUGGGCGCUGUAGGAGCUUCUCCCGGCGUCGGUACAUCCAGCGGAAGUGGCCUAUUUCGCAAGGUGUCGAACGCCAACCGGGACACGAUCAUACGGCGCAUCGUGACCAGCAUCAUCACGAGCGAAACGCUGUACGUGGAGUGUCUGAACAAGAUGAAGCAGUACAUGAAGGCGAUCCGGGCGACGCUGACCACUUCGCAACCUGUGAUAUCGGAGGAGGAGUUCCAGACGAUCUUCUUCAAGAUCGAGGACCUGCACGAGGUGCACAGCGAGUUCCUGACCGAGCUGCAGGCCCGGCUGGCCGCACCGGACGAGCCGGGCUCGCCGGACGGUGGGGGUCUGUGCGUGGGCGAACCGUUCCGCCGGCUGGCCACCCAAAUUCACCUGUACGGUGCGUUCCUGCACAACUACGGCCGGGCGAUCGACACGGUGAAGAUGUGCAGCACGCACAGCCAGCAGUUCAAGGAGAUCGUGUCGAACAUCGUGUUCAAGAACCAGAACGAGCAGAAGCUGUCGCUGGAGGAGCUACUGCACAAGCCGGUCGCCCGCGUCCAGAAGAACGCGCUCGUGCUGGAGGAUCUGCUCAACCAGACGCCGGAACAGCACCCGGACUACCAUCCGCUGCGCCAGGCGUCCAAAACGAUACGCAACUUCCUGUCCGAGUUUAACGUCGUGCAGACGCGGUCAAUGUUCCCGAGCGACGAUAAAGCCCUCCGGCGGCUGGUGAAGAACUCGUUCAUCGUGGAGCUGGCCGACGGGCAUCGGAAGUUGCGCCAUCUACUGCUGUUCAACGAUGUGAUCGCGUGCGCCAAGUACAAGGCGGUCGGCCGGGCCGGCGACCGGAAUGGGUUCGAGUUCGAGCUGAAGUGGUACAUCCCGCUGCGGGACAUACUGAUCUGCGAAGAGUCGGCAAACGAUCCGAAAGAGGCGAGCCCGAUCAACAUCGUGCACCUGAAGUCGCAGGCGUGCACCGUGCGCGACCAGAUCAUGCUGGACGAGAAGGACCGGCCGGGCGGUUCUAGCCGGGCCGGCGACAAGCACCGGAAGAAGCUGGCCGAUCUCGAGGCGCAGCUGGUGCUGGCGUCGCCGAACCUGGUGUUCAAGAUCGGCAACAAGGCGACCGGCAAAACGAUGACGUUCUUCCUCAGCUCCGACUUUGAGCGUACGCAAUGGAUCGAGUCGAUACUUUCCCUGCAGCAAUCCUGCAACCUGCCCGGGCACAUCCCGGUACAGAUCUACGAUCUGCACGCGUGGAUAACGGCCUGCCAGUCGCUGAUCAAGACCGAGAUGGGGUCCUACCUGAUGCGGAACGCGCGCGACGAGAGCCUGCUGGUCGGCGACCUGCACCUCACCAUCCAGGGCCUGAGCGGGUUCGAUCAGCCGUGCGAUCUGUUCGUGUGCGUCGAAAUCGACUCGUACGGGCACUACUUCCGCAAGGCGAAGACGAAGCUGGUCUGCCGCAGCGCGACGCCCCAGUGGAAUGAGUCGUUCGUGCUCGAGCUGGAGGGCAGCCAGAACCUGCGCAUCCUGCUGUACCAGGACGAUGUGCAGCGCCCGAUACUGCGCGCGAAGCAUAUUCUCAAACUGAGCCGUAGCUGGAUGCAGGAAACGCCGACCAGAAAGGUGCUGCAGCUGUCCGAGACGCUCAGCAUCAGCACGAUCAUACGGUUUGUGCCGGGCGAGGUGACGUUGCGCCGUGUGCCCACCUCCAAGCCGGGCGCACUGUUCGGCGCUAAGCUGCAGCAAGUGAUCAAACGCGAAAAGCGAGACAUUCCAUUCAUUGUGAGCGCGUGCGUCCGGGAGGUGGAACGGCGCGGCAUGACCGAGGUCGGCAUCUAUCGCGUGUCCGGGUCCGCGUCCGACGUCGCCAAGCUGAAGAAGUCGUUCGAGACGAACGCGUACGAGGCGGAACAGCUGCUGAAGGAGGUCGACAUCCACUCGGUGACCGGGAUCCUCAAGUCGUACCUGCGCGACCUGCCGGAAGCGCUCUUCACCGAUCAGUAUUAUCCGAAGUUGUUCGACGCGUUCAACCGCCACUCGAACCUGAGCGAGGGGACGCGCAUCCACGAGCUGCAGCGCAUCUUUGCCGAGCUGCCGCAACCGAACAAAGCCACCAUCAACCUGCUGCUGGACCAUCUGAUGAGGGUACACCAGCAGGAGAUCGAAAACAAGAUGUCGCUCCACAAUCUGGCGAUGGUGUUCGGGCCGACGCUGCUGCGACCCGGCCCGAGUGCGACCAAGCAAAAGGACCUGCUCGAAUCGAGCACGGCCGACGUGAUGACGCAGGCGGGCAUCUUGUACAGCUUUCUGCAGGCCCGCCUAAAGUAAUGCCGGCUGGAAGUGUUCCAACCGCCCCUCCCCCCCAACACCCCAGACCACGAACGGCGUCCAACGUCUCUAGCAAGCAAAUGGGGCGGGGGCAAAACCUCCGACGGAAGCACUUCAAAAUGGCGCAGCCAGAACUGAACGAUUUAAUUAUUUCUUGUUUAAUUUGUUUUACGUUUACAUCGUCCUCUCGUCCUCAUCCCGCCUUCCAGUGCCAGCUUGGGGGUACGAAAUCGGGGCUGAACCGUUCCUGUUCGCAUACCUCUACCCGACGGCACCUUGAGUUUUUCUCUCCUUUUUGACCAAGGUCCGCUGGCGUGUGUGUGAUGGCUUGUUUUCGCUCGUGCAUGAAUUUUGAAUUUUGGUUUUGGAAAGGAAAAUGCAAAUGGGUGUAUUCCCACCCACCCAUCCCCCCUGCUGUACAGACGCUCGUGGGCUGGGCCGGUCCGGUAUGAAAGAUUUCUGCAUCGUAAAGAAGCUACGACAGAGGGUUGUUGUUAUUCCGCAUCAAAGACUACCAACCGCAUUGGUUGUUUUGUCGUUUUUUAUCCGGUAAAGCAAGCCCAAUAAUCCAAUAAGGCAUGCUCGUUUGUGCGACCAAACGCAUAAUGUACUCGCUACAGCACGGUGUGUGUGUGUGUGUGUGGUAAAGGGAGAUAGCAGUAAUCGGUCGCGCUAAACCCAACAUUGUUUGACUGCUUCGAGAACUUAUAUAAUAUCGUUCGUUUUCGCUAUGAAACCAAAAUGAGAAACAAAAAAAAAGGGAACGUCAAGGUAUUUAAAGGUAUUAGUUUUAUGUUAAAAACACUCCCAAAGGAUCCACACAGAGACGCACACAAAAAAAACGACCCAAGGCAGCUCCUUUCGCUUCUCGCUGAUCGAAAACGAAAACAUUAACAAACAGACCACGGGGAAAGUAACGAUUUUUGUUAGGUUUUUCAUAGGUUUAGGUUAUAUUUUAAAUGGCACGCAGCGGCUAGGAACUAAUUUUAUCCCUUAGGCAGGACAUUUCGGGCGCGUUUUAGGUUAGUGCUUUUGUUAAUGUGUUGCUUCAAAAGCAAUUCCGCUUCCUUACCGACACGUCUCUGCUGUAUGAUGUUUGCUUGCUUUAAGUUGAUAUGGUUUGUUUGCGUAACCGGAACCGGUGUUCGGGCACACGAGUUAGUUUUAUUCUAUCUCUGUCUGCUCUAUCCUGCUGUCAUUUUUAUCAUUUUAAAUUAUUUAACUUCCUUUAACUUAUGAGACACUAGGCAAACAUCGCCCGAGGGUGAUGGAGAACAUUCAGAAUGAAUGAGUGCAAUGCAGCCGAAAAGAUGUUUUAAAUGAGUGUUUGAACUGCGAAUAAUAGCUCAAUUUAACUUUUUUUUUUGCUUUGGAAAAGCACGAUUUUUAAUCAUUCUGAGCAGCAAUAUUAUAUCAUUUCCCCCAACUUGGGCUGCUACUCCAUUCCAAAUCUGCCCCACGAGCGAAACAGCCACAGGACACGAGGGGCUAGAUUGACGAGCGAACAGUUAAAAUAGAGAGUUUGUGAUCCGAAGAAAGCAAAUAAAAACGUAAAAAACCCGUACAGCCGAAGCAAAACCGCAAUCUUUAUACAGACAACAACAAAAAACUAACAUUAUACAUAUAUAAAUAAAUAUAUAUAUACAUAUUAUUAUACUUAUUACUUGGGCAACUAUACAAAUAUACAUUUAAAUAGUUAUAUUGCGUAGACAUUAUACCUAAAAGCCAUUGAUACUGCAAAAUCGAAAACAAAUACACUCACCUGGCAGAAAAGUAUUUAGAGGAAGAAGAAAAAAAAAAUCCGCCUAGGAAUAGUGGUACACGGGCGCGCAAAGUUCGGUUGCGCGCACAAGUCAGUCAGCGGUGGCAGGCAGAAAAAGAGUUUAAAAGGCGCACGAUGUGAAGGGGGAAAAAGGGAAAGCUAGAAACUACCACAGCGGAACAGGGGGCAACGAAAGUGCGGCGUGCUUUCCAGGGAAAGGCGAAAGAAAAAUGGCGCGCUGUUGCGGUAUUAAACAGGGAACAGUUAUUACAUCUAAAUAGUAUGUCUUAAUAUUCACCUCAGCUUAUCGAAAUCGAAAGAAAGAAACAAAACAAAAACAGGUUUACACACUCCCCCAUUUAUUGAUAGUAUUUGUAUGAGCAAAGCAAAAAAAAAAAAAAUGGAACAAACGGAGGCCCGGUUACAGGACAGCUUGGUGCCGCAUUUUCGGGCCUUCCGCCCUCCUCCCCCCGGUACCGAUACAUGGUCAGGGUUCUUUAUUCGAAUUUGUCGUUUUUUUUUGAAAAUCUUCCUCCGAUACAAAAGGCAAUGAAUGGUUUAAAGACGGGAAAAUGCUAGAGUGUCAUCAUGCUAAACAUUUGGACCACGAUAGUGGCGGGAGAAGCAAGAACAAAACAGGCAUAAAGUGCAUUAUAAAUAAGUGCAUUGUGGCUCGUUAAGAGGCGAGCGUGUGAAGGUUCUGUGCCACGUUGGUGCAAACGAACUGCAGGGAAGCGGGUUGAGCAAAGAGAAAGAAAGAGAAACAGAAAGAGAGAAAAGGGAAAGAGUCGCGAAGAAACUUUGAUACCAGUAAGUGUAUAAUACAAGCAGGAAGUAGGACGGGAAGGAAAAGCUAAAUCGUAAAAGUUAAAAACAAACAUUUGCCGAUUAAGGAUGACACUAUUAUACACUCUAUAUAUAUAUAUAUAUACAUAUUAUACCCUUUUUUAAGCUUUAUGCAAAACGUUGCAAACGGUAAUAGUGCACAUUCGUUCUGGUUCACGAUCACUGCCCACCACCGGACUCACCAUUCCUCCGCCCCCCCCCCCCCCCACACACUUUUUCACCACAAACAUGCUGUCCUGCUUUCUGUUUUGCUACAAUGUGCCACUGCCUGCCUGCAGUUGGGACUGCAAAGACUUCCAAAUAAAAAGGACCAAAGGAUUUUAUUUUCUAAACCAUCCUCUGCCCCCUUCCUCCUCUUCUCCAAUCUCCACCCUCCCCUUUCCCUGCAAAUUCUCGAGAUGGCCAAAUUUUUACAAUCUCUCAUGCAUACACACACACACAUGCGCCUAGAUACGGUAGGAAGGUGCUUUUGGCGAAGGUGGAAUUGGCGUGGACGAAAGUAAGCAAUGGAAAUUAAAAUAGUGUGCACUUUACAACAGGUUAAAGAGAGGGGAAAACAUGGAACACACAUACACACGAUACGCUUGUGUGCGAGAUUGUGUGCGAAGGUGUGCAAGCAAUUGCGUUCAAGAGACGGAACUAAAAAACAAAAAAUACAACAGCGCAAAGUUGAAACAGUUUCGCGCAGUGGAGGAAAGUUUAAAAGGAUAAAAGGCAAUAUAUAUAUAUACCUAUCCUAGUUUAUGGAGCAAAAACAAACAGGUGAACCCUUGAAAGUAGAAGAAAAUGGGCCCAAAAAUGCCCCUUCAAGGGAAAAGAACGAAACAAAAAAAAACUCUUACGCGAAACAAUAAAACACAAAAUAAAAACAAGCAA